AACAUCAUUAAAUAAACUCUCUCCCACUCUUUCUUCUCUUCUCUUCUCUUCUAUUCUUCAAAGCCAUAAAGAAAAGAUAAAUCAAAUCCAUGGAAGAAGUGUGGAAAAACAUCAACCUUUCCUCCCUUCCGGAAAAUAGCUCCUCCUCCUCUACCACAACCACAACCACCACCACCGCCACCGCCACCGCCACUGCCACCGCCACCGAUCAACCCUUCCCAUCUGCUAUUCUCCAAGACUUCCUUUCCAUUCCUCUCCUUUCCAACACACCAUCAAAGUCAAUAGAUUCGUCGUCGUUUAUCCCUGACAUUUCUCUCUCCCAUCACCCCAAGCAGCCACUCCCACUCCCACUCAGUUCCUUCAGCUUGAAUUCCGAGCUCCCUGAUUUUGGCUUCCAGUUCCUCGAAACUCGAGCUCCGGUUUGUUCGAACCCGGCUAAUCAGCACAGUGGUUCGAGUUCUUUAAACACUUCUCCUGUUCAGCUCAAGAAAAAGGCACCCAAGAAAAGUUUGGAAUCACCUGAAAAAAGGUUUGUGCGAUUGAUGAAGAACAGAGACUCAGCUGAUCGAGCCAGAGCUAGAAAAGAGGUUUACACAAAGGAGUUGGAAAUUAGACUUGCUCACCUAAAGAAAGAAAAUGCUCUGCUUCGUAAACAGAUUAAAAGCUCUAAGAAGAAAGAGCCUGCUGCUCAUCAAUGCCCCAAAAAAGAUACGAGUCUGUAUAGAACCUUGACAGCACCAUUUUGAGAAAUGAAUGGAAUGGAAUGUAAUGGAAGUAAGAAGGACUUUUUUUGGGUUAGAUUAGAUAUAUAUAUAUUUAUAUCAUACAUGUUUUAGUGAUAAAAAAAGAUAAGUUCUAUCGUUAAGCCUUUUCUAUUUUUGGAGUUCUCCAAAUGGGUUUUGGGUUAACGAAAUUUUCUCAGAAAGACUAAACAAGUUGGGGAGUAAUUGGUCAGGAAAAAGGGGCCAAAGCCACAAUGCUUUAGAUCAGCAAGUGGCUGUGCCUCACUCACUUGUCACUUUCCUCAAAUUUGCUUUUUGGUGGCCAAUGGAGGGCCUAUAGCUGUUGGGGUUCAAAGGUAGGAAAAAAAAUAUAUUAAUUUUGAGUGAGAGAGAGAGAGAAAAAAAAAAGAAAAAAAAAUCAAGAUUCCUACUUUGCUUGACUUAUAUUAUAAAAAUUAAAUUAUAUUGUAAAGAGUAAGGAGAUCAGAUGAUGUGAAUAUUGUUUGUUUAAAAUGUACGCCUCAUUCUCUGCUCUAA